UAAUCGCAAAGAACUCAGGAAACCAGAGUCCUGCAUUAGCAUUUAUUGAUUUGGAGCCAGCUUUAAUAUUUCUCGUGAGUUUGAGCGGACGUAAAACAUCCAAAACGGUUACUUAUACUUGUUUGUUUUUGGGUUCUUGUUCGUGUCCGAGCCAGGAUGAGUCAGCUCGGCGAUUUGCUCAGAGAAUCUGCGGAUGAAACCGGAAGUGGGAGGACGAUGAUACUGAGCUUACUCGAGGAAGAUCGAACCGACGGUGAAGAUCGAGCGACGAGUAAGUGGAGUACGCUGAAACAACGGCUGAGAUUUGACUGGGUUGGCUGUUGCGUUGGGCCCACCUUGCGUCUCACAGGAUCGGAAGCGCCAAUCGCCGAGGAAGAAGAAGAGGAAAACACGGGUCAAAACCCGGUCGUUGACUUUUCUGGUUCUGGUCCGGAUCCGGAUGUGGUUGUGGAGACGGAUAUUUUAACACGUGGCACAAGGAAUCUCGCGGAGGCUCUUGCGGAGGAGAGACUAGCGCGGGGCGAGCAACUGACGGAGGCUUCGGUCGCUAAGGUACCGUUGAUGAAAUUGCUGGCGGAAACGGAGGGUAGCGAUGCGUCCACGUGGACGGGUUCUGAUCCAGUGUGUUGCGUGUGUAUGGGAAGGGAGAAAGGGGCGGCGUUUAUCCCAUGUGGGCAUACGUAUUGUAGAGUAUGUUCAAGAGAGAUUUGGAUAAACCGUGGAUCCUGUCCUCUUUGUAACCGUUCCAUCUUUGACGUUCUUGAUCUUUACUGAAAACAUACAUUGAUGGAUUGUUAUGAUCGAACGCUAUGUUCAGGUUCUUUGUGCAUAUUAUGAUUGUAGUUACAAAUAAAAAGAUGACGUAUUGGUGCUAAACAUUGUGGUGUGAAAAAAUAAUUGUUUGGACGAAUGAAAUAUUUAACGUUGUGAACAAUAAC